UCUAGGAACUUCACUGAGCUCUAUGAUCAUGUCAGCUGAUCACCCUGAGCUGAUCUUUACACUAAGUCUUGUACGGAGUGAACCAACCUAUAGCCAGCCAGUCCAGCAGUGGAGCUUUGUUUCUGAAUUUGCGGUCCGGGAUUACUCAGGAACAUACACUGUCAAACUCAUCCCCUGUACUACAGCUCCAUAUCAAGUAUAUAGUCUGCCAGCCAUGUGUAAUCCUCGGGAGCCAAUAACAUUUGAUGUUGACAUCAGAUUCCAACAGGUCAGCGAUCCAGUGGCUGCAGAGUUUAAUUUGAACACCCAGCUG